AUGAACGGAGAGGAUUGGCUCUUCCACGGCGUACCCCAAGAGCUACGCAACAACAUUUUCUCGCACCUUUUCGCUUCUACGAGACUCAGUCAUGGGAAGCGAUACGUCGAUAAACUGAAACGAAUCAGGAUCAAACCAGCUCCCAAUGCCCUCGCCAUAUUGCGAACUUGUCGAGCAGCUUAUAACUCAAUCGGAGACACCUGGAUCGGCCAUGUACUCUUCCAUUUCGAGGAUUCUGAGACGAUGCUCGACAUGCUGCUGUCGGCACCUCCUGGAACCAUACCGAAAAUCAGACAUAUGCGUGUUGUGGGCGACCCUCUCCAGCUGGCAGUUGACUACCCAAGACGCAAUGACCUCUGCGUUUUCUAUCAGUUAGCCUCUGUUCUCAAGCUUCUCCCGAAUCUAUGUUUGGAAACACUCACUGUGCUUGGUACUCGAUCUCCCCCGAUAAGUUACAGCACUCUCACGGGUCUGAUCAGUAUAAGCUAUGGAUGGAAGGAGCUUCGAUAUAUCAGCCAUAGCUCCGCGCUGCUAGGUUACGGACCGUUCGGCGCGAUGGCCAGGGAACCAGCGAGUCGCCUGGAUCUGGUAGCCCAUAUGGACGAAGCCGUGCCAUUCGGUCAUGUAUUCCAUGACGAGUCAAUCAUGGAUAGAUAUCUGCGAUGGCCUCAGCCGUACACGUGGCAAAAGUUAUUGAACGAUCGGGAUGACGCCGCUACUGUCACCAUCUAUCGCUCAACCGUUUCUGGGAAAGCAUGCAACGUCCUUGAUACAAGCACGCGUGCUCCAAUUUCUCAGGAUACGGGUUUGCCGGGAAAUUUCGGAGUUCAGAGACAGUUUAUGAAUGGGGGGGAGAAGAGGAAAGAAAUCAUGGUGAUUGUUGAGAGAAGACGAGAAGAGGAUCACAGACACAGCGAAAGCCUCUCACUUAGUGGAAAUGACAUUCGGCAAAGCGAUAUUCAGGAAGAUUUUGGCAGCAAAAGUUGGACACACAUUCGCAAAUGGGGUUUGGAAGAACCAGCUAACAGCUUGUUGCGCAUAAGAGCACGCAUCAAUGACCCUGACGUACACGAGAUCAGAGAGGAAGACAACGAUGAGCCCGUGGAAAUUGAGGUCGACGCAUACGAUGAUGUCGAUCAUUAUAUUUGGCCUCCAAAACACUUCACAACGCCGCCGAAGUCGAAGCGUUGGCGCCCUAUGUCGGAUAUGAUGUACUACGCCAUGGGGGGCGCGCACACCUUGGAGGAAGCCGAGCAAUGGUGA